CUGUCAGUAAUUCAGGAUGUUCUUUAUCAAAUUCGAGAUACCGCAUUUGCUCGGUCAGACUUCCCGGUCAUUUUAUCAUUUGAAAAUCACUGCUCCAAGUCAAAUCAACUGAAGAUGGCCAAGUACUGCAUGGAUAUCUUCGGAGAUAUGCUUCUGAUGAAACCUUUAGAGGAUUUCCCACUUGAACCUGGUGUUCCACUACCUUCUCCAAAUCGACUGCGGCGAAAGAUCCUGAUCAAAAAUAAACGUCUGAAGCCGGAAAUUGAAAAACAUCAGCUUGAUCAAUUUAUCCGCGAAGGAAAGUUGGACGAGGAAGACGAAAUAGCGGAGACUCCCGAAGUUGUUGGCGAGGAUUCCAUCACACCACGUAUGCUUUUCAUUUUCUAA